CUUAGUGAAACCCAGUUUCAAUAAAAAAUAAAAAAGGCUGGGGAUGUAUCUCAGUGGUAAAGUGCCCUAGGCUCAAUCCUCAGGGCCAAAAUCAAAGACUCUCAAAAGCUUUUGUUAUCUGUGCUAUAACUAUUGAUAUUUAUUGUACUAAAACCUAAAAUAGAAAGAUUUUAAACACGAGAAUACAUAAAUACACAUUCUAUUAGUUUUGAAAGCCAUGGUGUCAAUACAUAUCAUGUAGCUUCUGGAAAACCCCGCAUGUACACUCUUAGAAAAUUAUAAUGAAAAAUGCAAAUAACAUCUUUAUAGAGUUGUUAAGUUUUAACCUCAAAUACCCACUGAAAUUGUCUUGGGGACCUCUGGGACAGAAACCAACCUUGGAGAACCAGUGCUCUGGGGUAAAUUCAUUCUUCCUGCUCCGUCCUGUGAGUCCCCCCACCCUGCCCGAACACUGCCUACCUCUCCAGUCCUACCAGGUGCUCCCCAGCCCUCCUCUCAAUGCUCAUCAACACACAGCUAUUCCUUUCUUUCGAUGAACCAAAGGCYUCCCACCAGCCUCGUGUUCCGCAGCUUGAUUCCCUCUGCCUGGCUCCUUCCCUGGGCCCCCGACUUAGGUCUGCCUCGUGAUUCCCCUCAGACAGUCGCGUGUCUGUCUUGUGAGRUUCACCACAGCUGUAGUUAAGUGAUUGUGAGAAUCGUGGUUAAACGCCCGUCUACCCUCCCGGACUGUGGCUCCUGUGGCUCAGCGUGACAAGCCUGUGUGUCCUCUGCUGUAUGACUGGCGCCCACUGGAGGGCGCUCAUUAAACAGCUCCUGAACUUAGAACCGAGGAAGCCGCAGCACAAGGGGCUGGACGGUCGUCGGCCCGACGGAUGGGGAACGGGUCUAGUGUGGGAAUAAAGUAGUGUUCCAGUGCUUCCAACCGGGUGUCGCAUUCUCUUCCUUUUCCAAGCACAGUCACCUUUGGUCUCUUUCAAUUACCYCGUCUCCCAAACGCCUCGGAGAUAUCCAAUCUCCGGUGGCAACAGUGCAGAGUCACACACCCAGAGGCUCCAAAGACGCCUUAAGCAAACGCUACCUSGAACCUCCAACGAGCCGCGAGGACCGGAAAGGCCCCAGAGCCGAGUCUCAACCGGAUGUGGCGGCUUCCUGCCCCGCCCCCAGGGGGUGGGCGGGAACUGAGUGCUCCUCAGAAAACCUGGCGUGGAUUCGGUCCGUUGCACUCGUGGGUUGGGGCUGGGAGUGUAACCUUGUGGGGUGCAGUAACCGGGUCUUUUCCCGGCUAAAGCACUUUCCGCAAUAGUGUUGGCCUUGUUCUUGCUGGUGAAACGAAUGUCAAAUUCUGCUCCUGCCCUCCUCCGGAGGCUGGAGACUGGAAUUUUUAUUCCAAUUCAGUGAGGAGCGAUGUGAGCUCCAGAAUCCUGGAGAGGAGGGGCGGGGGACAGUGGAGGUGGGGACCCGAGCCCCUGCGUCUCKGCCCCAGGACGUCCAACGUUCCCCUAGUCCGCGGCUCUGGCUCCUGUCCUCACUUCCUUCCCUUUUUGGCUCCUGCUCUCGGAGCGGGCGGACGCGGGGGGGAGCGGAAAGGGCGGGAGGGCCCGGGAGCCCCGCGGGGGGGUGUAGGGGGGUGCGGAAAAGCCGCGGAGGGGACUCGGUCCAGGGACUCUGUAGAGGGCCGGAGACCGACAGGAACAGCGGCCCGGGACCCGCGCUGCCCCCACYGAGCAGGCCCCUGUGUCUGUCUGGGAUGAGGAGGAGGAUGGUGCCACCUUUACUGUCACAAGCCGCCAAUAUCGGCCUCUUGAUCCCUUGGCCCCCACACCUCCACCACGGUCCUCCCGACGGCUCCGAGCUGGCACCCUGGAGGCUCUGGUCAGACACCUGCUGGAUCCCCGGACAUCAGGGGCUGACAUGACAUUCAUGUCAGCCUUCCUAGCCACCCACAGGGCCUUCACCUCCACGCCUGCCCUGCUUGGGCUUGUGGCUGACAGGCUGGAAGCCCUUGAGUCUCAUCCUACUGAUGAGCUAGAGAGGACAACAGGGGUAGCCAUCUCUGUACUGUCAACCUGGCUGGCCUCUCACCCUGAGGAUUUUGGCUCUGAGGUCAAGGGUCAGCUUGACCGGCUUGAGGGMUUCUUGCAUCGGACAGGGUAUGCAGCUGGGGAGGGUGUUGGGGGGGGCAGCGCUGACCUCUUCCGCAACCUCCGGUCCCGGGUGGACCCCCAGGCCCCCGACCUUCCUAAGCCCCUGGCCCUCCCCGGCGACCCCCCUGCUGACCCCACGGAUGUCCUGGUGUUCCUCGCUGACCACUUGGCCGAGCAGCUGACCCUGCUAGAUGCGGAACUGUUUCUCAAUCUGGUCCCCUCUCAGUGCUUGGGGGGCCUGUGGGGUCACAGAGACCGGCCAGGACAUUCCCAUCUCUGCCCAUCUGUCCGAGCAACUGUCACACAAUUCAACAAGGUGGCAGGGGCUGUGGUUAGCUCUGUCCUGGGGGCCACCUCAACAGGAGAGGGACCUGGGGAGGUGACCAUACGCCCACUUCGACCUCCCCAGAGGGCCCGGCUCCUAGAGAAGUGGAUCCGUGUGGCAGACGAGUGCCGACUUCUCCGAAACUUCUCUUCAGUUUAUGCUGUUGUGUCAGCCCUGCAGUCCAGCCCCAUCCAUAGGCUUCGGGCAGCCUGGGGAGAAGCAGCCAGGGACAGCCUCCGAGUCUUUUCUAGCCUCUGCCAGAUUUUCUCUGAGGAGGACAAUUAUUCCCAGAGCAGGGAGCUCCUCCUGCAGGAGGUGAAACUGCAGCCCCCUCUGGAGCCACACUCCAAGAAGUCCCCGAGGUCUGGUUCCCGGGGUGGGGGUGUGGUCCCAUACCUUGGUACCUUCCUGAAGGACCUCGUGAUGCUGGAUGCAGCCUCCAAGGAUGAGCUGGAGAAUGGUUACAUCAAUUUUGACAAGCGUAGGAAGGAGUUUGCUGUCCUUUCUGAGUUGCGACGGCUCCAGAAUGAAUGUCGUGGCUAUGACCUUCGACCUGACCCUGAUAUCCAACAGUGGCUCCGGGGGCUCCAGCCACUKACUGAGGCUCAGAGUCAUCAUGUGUCCUGUGAGGUGGAACCACCUGGUACCAGUGAUCAUCCUGCCCCACGGGUGCUUCGGCCAACACUAGUCAUCUCGCAGUGGACAGAGGUUCUGGGCUCUGUUGGGGGCCCCACCCCACUUGUAUCCUGGGACCGGCCCGGUGUAGGGGGAGAUGAAGUUCCUGGAACACCUGCCCCUUUGCUGACCCGAAUAGCCCAGCAUAUGAAGUGGCCAUCUGUCUCAUCUCUGGAUUCUGCCCUGGAAAGCAGUCCCUCCCUGCAUAGUCCAGCUGACCCCAGCCACCUCUCGCCCCCAGCCUCCUCUCCUAGGCCCUCUCGAGGCCACCGCCGCUCAGCCUCCUGUGGGUCCCCAUUGAGUGGGAGUACAGGAGAAGGAGCCUCCAGGGGAACUGGAUAUGGGGGAGGGGGAUCUUGUCCAGGGGCCUCUGAUUGCCGAAUCAUCCGAGUCCAGAUGGAACUGGGGGAAGAUGGCAGUGUCUACAAGAGCAUCUUGGUGACAAGCCAGGACAAGGCUCCAAGUGUCAUCAGUCGUGUUCUCAAGAAAAACAAUCGUGAUUCUGCAGUGGCUUCAGAGUUUGAGCUGGUACAGCUGCUACCAGGGGAGCGAGAGCUGACCAUUCCACCUUCAGCUAAUGUCUUCUAUGCUAUGGAUGGAGCAUCUCAUGAUUUCCUCCUCCGACAGCGGCGAAAGCCCUCCACUGCCACACCGGGUUCUGCCAGUGGCCCCUCUGCCUCAGGAACUCCCCCAAGUGAGGGUGGAGGGGGCUCUUUUCCCAGGAUCAAGGCCACAGGGAGGAAGAUUGCACGGGCACUAUUCUGAGGAAGAAGCCCUAUUGGCUUACAGAGGUCAUGGUGUUCAAACCAGAUGUGGGUAGCCAUCCUGAAUGGUGUCAGUUACAUCACAUUGGGACAAAUUCUGAAAGGUGGCUAGCCACCCUGGGGCAGUGAAGUGCCACUCAUUUAUCAGGCAGCAGAGAAAUUCAGCCAUGUGGGAGCUGGUAAUCUUGUAACCAAGUCAGAUACCUGUAUACAGCUCCUCACCUCUCAAGAAUACGGCACACAGAAAAGAGCACCAGUUUCUGAUUCCUGCCACAUCCUUGCAUGUGAAAGGCCAAGGAAAGGCCUACAGGCUCUGAGCCCCAGGGCAGAGGGGAAGGCAAGAAGUAGGUUCUAGUGGGAAUUCCUUUUCCCACUGUGGGGCUUCCUGUCACUGUGACAACACUAAGAUAAUAAACCAAAACACUACCUGAAUU